UCUGUGUUCUUGUCUCUAUCAGUGAUUAUCAAUCACGUCAUUAUCAUUAGUGAAACGAAACCAAAAGCCUGGAGUCUGAUCUUGGAAAUCUAGUACUCUUUUCUUGCGACACAUACUUUAUUUAAGGCUAUUAGCACUGUUUGGACUAUGGAUUUGAAACAAAGAUUAUCAUCAUUCAGAAGAAGCUCAAUAGAAAAAAUUCUGACUCCUCAAGAGAAUCAAGCAAAGAUUGAUGAAGUCAGAAAGAUCAUUGGUCCAGUUGCAAGUAAGUUUCCAGUUAUGUGUUCAGAUGCAUCAAUACAAAGGUACCUCAGAGCAAGAAAAAAUAAUUCUAAGAAAGCAGCAAAGAUGCUCAAAUGCAGCUUGAAAUGGAGGUUAGAGUACAAGCCUGAGAUGAUUAAAUGGGAUGAUAUAGCUCAAGAAGGUGCUUUAGGAAGGCUAUACAAAGCUGAUUACUUGGAUUCACAAGGGAGGACUGUUCUUGUCAUGAGACCUGCUAUUACGAGUGCAAGCGCCGCAGCAGGGCAGAUCAAGUACCUUGUUUACUGUUUGGAGAAUGCCAUAAUGACUUUGAGUUCUAAGCAGCAGGAACAGAUGGUUUGGCUGGUUGAUUUUCAAGGGUGGAACAAAUCCUGCAUAUCAUUGAAGAUUACAAGGGAAACUGCUCAAAUCUUGCAGGAUCAUUACCCUGAGAGAUUGGGCCUUGCAGUCAUGUACAACCCACCAAAAGUAUUUGAGUCCUUUUGGACGAUGGUAAAGCCAUUUCUUGAGCCAAAGACUUUCAAGAAGGUGAUAUUCGCUUAUCCGGACAACACGAAAAGCCUAAGGAUGAUGGAAGAACUCUUUGACAAGGACAAGCUGGAAUCCUACUUCGGCGGGCGAAACACCGUCGGAUGGACCCUCGAGUCUUUUUCCAAAAAAAUGAAAGAUGAUGACAAUAAGAGGAUGUCUAAUGUCAGUGAAGGUGGUGUUUCAACAGAACUCAUCAAUGAAUCAAUUCAAAUAGAUGACAACAACUCGGAUGAUGAAACAUCUAGUUGUGACACUCUUGGUUCAACCAUGGGGGGAGAUAAAGAAGAGAUUAAUGUACAAGAAAGACUAGAUUCUCCUAAACCUACAAUUCUGCAAAAAGAUGAAUCUGGUGCAAAGCCCUGAGGCAAAUGCAGGGGAUCAAUUAUGU